GAAAAAUGUGCGCGUGCGUGGGUGCCUGAAUGUUUACAUAAUAAACUUUACAAGGUUACAAGUGUACUGCAAGUCUCCGAGCGGUGACAAGUUGUAUUGAAGGUUAUCAUCAUGACAUGUUUCAUUAAUGUAUUGCAGACUUAUUUGGGGUCACAUUUAGAACUGGAUGUUGAUACAUAAAAUCAAGACGAACGUCAUACAGAACAAUAUAAAGAUACAUAACAUGUGUGAAGACAUAACAUGUAAGAAGUGUUCGACUCAUGUUUCCAUAAAAAUUCGAACUAUCCCAGUGGCAUUGUGUGUAAUUGGUAUAAUACGGUCAUUUUUGGAAGACGAUCCAUGUGUCAAUAUUAUACAUCGAAUCCAAUGAAUGAAGACACAGCAAGCCUCGGUUUAAGUGCGAUGCUUGGUUCUCUUCCACCUCACGUCGAGGGGAAAGUGAAUGGGUAUUUGAGUAUGACAGUUGACAGUUUCAGGUGGCGGUGUAAUCUUAAUGGAAAAGUCCAUAUUCGUGUCUCUUGGUGGGGAGAGAAACAAAAAAUAUUGUUGUUACCCCAAGUUACAGAUGGUUCUGAUAAAAGUCAUGUUUCAUUCAAGAAUACACGUGUUUAUAGAGUUAUGACAAACACUGAAUUAUUUCUAUCUUAUUUACAAGAUUGUGAAGUGUUGAAUUUUGAAGUGUAUGAACAAGGAGUUGAUUGCCUAAUGGGCACUGCAACUUUGAAGCACUUAAUGUCAGUAGUUCUGAAUAAUCCAUGGACAGAAUCUUGUGUUGUUAGUGACAAAAAUGGGACUGAAAUUGCAGAUUUAAGAAUUUCAUUUGUGUUUCAUCAAAAUGAAUUAACAUUUGGAACAAGUGAUAUUAAAAAUAAAUCUGAAAGAGAAAGAACGUUUGAGAGAAUUCUUGGUUGUGAGAUUGAUGAAACAUUGAAUAGCGCUAGAAGAAACAGCAAAUAUACAGAUGGAAAAUCUUGCGACAGUGACCCAUGUCCGAAAAGUUUGACAGAGUCUAGAAUGGAAUCUAUGGAAAAAGUUGCAGGAAACAAUAAUACGAUUGAAAAUGCUGAUGUUGUGAGUAAUUCCACAAUAUCAGAAUUAUUAGAACGUUGCUACAAUAUCCGACAAGAAUAUCAUGGUAAUGGAAGAAGAUGCAUGCAAUAUUCUAAGAACAAUGUUGGAAGGAGUCUUGAAUCUUCUGAACUAAAAAUAAGAGGGAAAAGUAUUAUCAGAGAUGAAGAGCUUGCAGCAUUCGAAACUGUCAAAUUCCACUCUCCAAUGCAAGAGUUUAUCCAACUGGCUGAAAGUUCUCAUCAAAAUUUUGAAAGAAAUGUUAAAUGUGGCAAUUCAUCACAUGUUAAAAUCCCCCAAGAUCAGCUUAAUGUAUCAUUUCAAAAAGUAUUGUUCCAAAGUGAAUCUGGGGAUUUUAACGUGUUUGAGAAGCAAAGAAAAGACUCUCGAAAUGAAGAGAAAAAGAAAGGAACAGGAAAGCAUUCAAAUGGUAUUCAUUUCCACAGACAGAUGAUUCACAUGCUGGCUUCACAAAAACCUAGAUUCAUGGAACUGCUUUGCAGCUCAACAAUUACAUUUAAGCUGUAUUCUCGACAUGUGAGUCAGAGACUUCCAUGCCUUUUAGGAAAAGCCUCCCUGUCUCUUGGAAAUGUGAUUAAGAAGUGUGCUUUCAAUGCUCUCCUGGAACUAACAAUACAUCCUGAGUCUAAUAGCAAUCCAAGUUGUAUGCUAUCAUUGGGAAUUUUAAAAUUGAAAGUAGAAUUUGGUGCAAAUCGAACUUGUUUUAACCAAAAACCUGUUUCUUCCAUUGAUUGUCGUUCAUUACAAAGCUCAUCAGAAAGUGAGUAUGAUUGCAGGAAUACAGAUUCUUGCACAAUGAAGAUACCCUCAAAAGGUUCUGCCAAUAAACAAAGUAGACCAAAUGAAAAAAUGAUUUGCAAUGCACAUGCUAAGUGCUCAAAGUAUACUUCUCAAGAAAAUAUUACUAAAAACUCGCAUGAAGUAGGCUGUAAGACAUCCAGAAAGUGCAGUGGUGAAAAAGAAAUCUUACUAUUUGGACUGCUUCAUGUUUCAAGUGGUCUGGGUUUUAAGUCUUCUAGUUUAUAUCUUAUUUCCCAUGGCUUUUGGAAGGAAGAUGUAAUGACAAGUAAAGUUUGUUUGCAAACCAGUAAUCCCAAUUUCAAAUUUCAUAAAAUAAUGCCUGUGUUGCUGUCGUUGGAAUUGAUAGAUCGAUGUUACAAUAAUUUUAUGGUAGUUGAAGUAUGGUCUCUGAGUGGUUUGGUGGGUAUUGCAAAACUACCAUUGAAUCAAUUCUAUAUUGCUUUUCGUGAUCCUCCUGUUGUUGAACAGCUUCUGAUGACAAAGUAUCCUAUUAUCAGCGUAGAUGGUUGGGUAGAUGUUGUUGACCCUGUAUCACAACACCAAGUUGGAAAGUUGAAGGUGGUGCUGGCUUUGGGAACAGAAAAUCAAAUUCAAAUGCUUGAAAUGACUCGCUGUAUGAAAGAGGGCAUUUUAAAUCCUCAAACUGUUUCACAACCUGUAACUGCCGAGUUGGAUCCUAUUACUUCAAGAUCAACUACCCCAAUAAAUAGUUCUGCUGAACAGGAACCUGCUUCAAAAGUAACGUCUGGAGAAUGUUUUCAAAAUGGAAGAAAUUGUAAUUACUCUGCAGAUAAGCAUUUGCAAGUGAUCAAAGGCAUAAUCUCAAGAGAGUCUUUGUUAGCUUGUGGUGACUAUUCAAAUGAGUACCUACAAAAAUUAAUUCAUGAAGAAAGUGAUCAAAAUGAACAUUUUGUUGAAAGAAAGAGUUCCUCAUUACAGUCAUCUCAAAACUCUCAUGUUUUCAGGGCUAGAAGUUUCCAUACAGCUUUCAGUGGAUCUUCAGUUAAUGAUUGCUCAGGAGUGGUGGAUUUUCCUGAAACUUCUCUUGUAGAAGAAAUUGUGCCUGCUGUUGUCAGAGCUCAUUCUAAUUUUGAUCCGUUUGAUGUAUCAAAGGGAAAUCCUUCCUUAAGAACUAACUUAUCUUCAACUCGGGGGCCUAAAUGUGUUUCACAGUCAGGAAUAAAAACCGUACCAAAACUUAAUUCAGACAUCAAAGUUAAAAAUGGGUUACAGUUAAGUUUUGUUGAAACAGACCAGAACUCAAAAAGUGUUGCGAAUGUUUUUGGAGAGGAUGUAAGUUCUCACUUGAAUGAAGAGAUAGACACAACCAAAAGGAAAUGCGGCAGUGUAUCAACUGAUAAUACUGUAGAUGCUUUAAGUACAGAUGAACUGUCCAUCAGUAACAAUAUUUUUGAUUCAACUCCUCACCAUAAUGUUGAAGAAGAUUCAUCUUUUAUUGGAAAAUCAAUAACUGUUCUAGAAGAAACCUCGAUAAAUGAAAAUGACUCCAAGUAUAAAUAUGUUGAGAAUUCGCCUAAUGACUCAAAAAAUGAGUAUGUGGAAGAUAGAUUGUAUAAUGGUUUAAAUAAAACUCUUACUGUAGAAGACUUGAAUAAUAUUUCAAAAGACAAUAUUGAUUUUGGUGAUAGAGAACCAAGUGAUUUGCCCAAUUAUCAGUUAUGUAAAUCAAGUGAUAGUGCCAUCAUUGCUGCUCUUACAGAAAAUGCCUCUACACAAACAGAUGUUUUAAAUGAUCAGAAUUUUUUUUCAAAUGGAAGGUGUUUAAUUUUAAAGGUAUGGCACAAGAAAGAUUAUGACAGUGAGCAUCCCAAUGCUCUUGAGGAUUUAGUAAUUGGAUUUGUAGCCCUUGAUCUUCAAGUUCUUGUUUGUGGCUUACCUUGUAUAAGUGGUUGGUUCAAUAUUUGUGACAUAUCUGGGAGUUGUAAAGGACAAAUUCAAAUCUCUGUUACUCCACUGGAAAAUGUUUCCUUAAUAGUGAAUAAGACACGCUAUAAUGUCAAAGAAAAAGAAAACAGAGAUUUUACAGAAGCUACAAUGACACAUUUUCUACCUUCGCCCUUGGACGAAUUUGCAGAAUCCCUUCAUCAAGGACCAGCAUUUGCAGAAAAAAAUAGCAUAUUGAGUUCCAUUUCUCAUGAUGUGAAGGAUUUUCUCAUUCUUUCCUCGGAAUCAAGUAAAGAAAUAUGUCAAUCCCCUUGUAUUGACAGGAAUGAAUAUUCUCAAGCUUGUUACAAAUCAAGUUCAAAAAAAGAUUCUGUUUCUUCCAAAUUUAGAGAAAUCCUAAGUGUAUGUGCUAAUCAAAGGCAAUUUAAAAAUCCAGAAAAGGUUAAUAACUCACAAGAACAGAUAAAUUCUGUUUCAUCAAACCCUGAAAAACUGUCACCUAUUGUAUCAAAUCAAAAUUGUUCCGAAUAUUUACGUUCCAUAAGUUAUGAACGCUCAUCAUCCCUCAUGGAAACAUUACGACAAAAGUUUCAAGAAUUGGAUAAUAUAAUACAUCAAAUGCAAAGUAAAACAGAUCCCCUUUCAAAAACAAAACCAGAGAUCAUUUGUUCAGAAAAUAAAAUGAACAAAUUGCCAGAUCAUGAGUACUGCAGUGGAAACAUCCUGUGUUGUAGGUCCCAGUCAACGAACAUUUCUGAAGGGGCUGAGUCAGAUAAUGAUUUCUUGGCUCAUAAUUGUAAAAUCUUUAGUGCUGUGAAAGAGGGAGUGUCAAAUAAUGAACAUCUUAAUGGCAAUACAUCAUGGACACUUCCUAUGCAAGAAAGUGAAAGUGUGUUCUAUAACAGUUCUUCAAUCGUCAUUCCAGUUGGGUGCAAAAAUGCAACUAUCAACGAAAGCAAGAGUCAGGGGGAGAGAGAGAAAAAUUCUGUGACUAAUGUUUCUGAGGAAGUUUUGGUAACUGAUUUGAUGACAGACUAUUUAAUGACUGAAGCUCUUCAUGAUUUAGAUCUAGAAAACAUAUUUAAUCCCUUAUUAUUUCAACACAUUCUUGCCAAUCAUCAGCGUCAAAGAUGCUGCCCUCAUUGGUUGUCAGAAACUAAUGGAAGUUCUUUUCCUUGUGACACUGAUCCCUCAUCUCAAUUACCUUCAAAAAGAAAUAAAAGACACUUCUGGAAAUCUCAGAAAUUAAUGAAGAUACUCUCAAGAAUUCCUGAUGAAACUUGCAUUGAUGAGGGUGAACUAGUCUUUAGCGAUAUGAACCAAGAUAGAAAAAGUACUGAUGAUACAAAAAAUGAAGUGUUACCGUGUCAAGCAAUUGAAGAUAGAAUCCAAAUUCAUAGUAGAAAUGAAAGAGAAGCAUUUCUCGCUAAUUCGGAAUCUUCAGCACCAUUUGUACUGGAAAACAUAUCAUUUUCAAAAUGUAUAAACAAGGAGAACGUGGGCAAAACUUCGCAUUCAAAUGAAACAAAAUAUUUACUGAAAUCAAAUUUAAAGGAAGUGGAUUGUCCAAGUAGUAUUCAAUUUUUAAACAUUACAAAACCUUCCUCUCACUCAAGUAAGAAAAUUGUUUAUGCACCUAUAAAUAGUCAUAUGAAUUCACAUCAUAAAAUUCGUGAUGUUGCAUCAAGUGACGAUGUCAAAGAUGUAGAAGAGUGUAGAAAUUGUAAUAGUAAAUUGAAGAACAAAAACUCAACGAAAUAUCCUGUCGUUUCCACAAUUUCUUCAAAAAAAUCAUAUACAUUAGAUUCAUCAGAGGGAAUUGAAUUGAGUGAUGGUAUUAAUAAAAGUUCUGAUGAGGAACGACAAUUUGGAAAAGUGGAUCUUAAAAAGGAUCAGGUGCAAGAAAAGGUAUAGUUGUCUUAGUAAUUUACAUUUUUGUUCAAGUGAGUGCUUGGGUUCAUUCUAUUCGUAUGUAAAUAAAAUGUAGUAGGUAAAUUUCAGUUAGACUCACUUACCUUGAGUUCUGGUUGCUUGAUCUACUCUGUGUUCUUCUGAAGAUAAAAAUCUUAGUGUAGAAUGAUACAUAUUCAUAUGUGCAAUAACUACACUAUUAACUUUUCUCAGAGUUGAUUUUGUUGCAAAAUGUUUUCUACACUGUAUUUCUGUCGAUUAACAAAAUUACAUGUUAAACUACAUGAUGCACCUGUGCGAUACAAUUACUUUUAUAGAACAUUCAUCGUAAUUUGCAUUAUAAAAACAUUAUACACUUUCAAAGACUAUUUCCUUGUUUGUAAUCCAUUUAUUAGCUUGCUUCAAUAGUCAAUAUUUGAUUUUUAAACUUUGGUUAUGUUCAAAUUAUUUUUGAAAUGACAAUGAAGUAAUGACUGAAGGUAAUUGAAAUUUUGGUAGAGUAGAGCAAGGAUCUCUCUUGUGUAAUCAUGUGGCCACAGACCUCCCUCCCUGCCCCUUAUGCGUCAAAACACAAACUUGGUUUCUGAGAGUGCUGAAUGUACAGCCUUGGCUUUUCAUGUAUCUGCCUCUUUGAAUAAUUGGAUAUGUGGAUGAAGUCAUUUUCAGUCAAAAGUAUUAUAUAAAACAAUUUCUUUUAUUUAGAAUGUGACAUUAUUCCAAAAAAAUAUUCAAUUUGAAAUGUAUAAAUAUUUAUUUGAAUAUUGAAGGUACAAAUUGUGAGGCUUCAUAAUGUAUUUGGAAAUGAACAAUAAUUAGUCUUGUGAAAGAAAUUAUGUUGAAAUAUUUUUAAUUUAUAGGAAAAAGAAUUAUUUUCAAAUUAUUUGGGAGGAUAUCCAAAUAUACUUAAUGAAAAUGAAAUAAUUUUGAUAAGAAAUCUUAUGAAAUUAACGUAAAUGGUUGACAUGUGUGAGUAUAAUGGUUUGUUUUUACAUCUUUAGAACAUUUCUCUAAUUUUGAGAUUUAGUUUGUUUUUUUGUCUUACGUCUUCUUAGAAGACGUACUCUUCCUACAAUAAUUUCAUUUAGUUUUUCUCCUUGGCUUUAUUAAGUCGUAUUUGGUGCUCGAUGAGUGUAAAUAUGAGAACAAUAGGAAGAGUUUAUAGUUUAUUUAAGUAGUAUACUAAGAUUUAAAUAAAAAUGAACAUUUAUUCCAAGCUUUCCUGAAGUUUUUUUACCAGCUUAAACCUUUCCAAUAUUAUUUUCUAUAUUUUUUAAAAAAAUCUUAAUUUUAAUUUCAAAAUUACUUAAUUUUAAAAUCAAUUAAGCAAGUACAUUAAUUUAUUUUUGUAAAUGUUUCUUAGGUAGUGUAUAAAAUUAAUAUUUGCACUCUGAAAGUAUUAUUUGCAGAAAAACAACAACUAAUUAUAGCCAUGGGUGAACUUUUGCUAAAUUCUUAUUUCAUUUCACUUUCAAAAAAUCAUAAAGAUUUUGAGAGAUUCAUAUAUUUGUAUUUAACAGUACUCUUUAUUUUAACAAUUAAUUUAACUUCUGAAAUAACCACAUUCUUUCCAAUAAAUAUUUCCUCAUAUUACAAUUGCAUUGAUUUUGCAAUGUUCAGUAAAAUAGGAUCUCAAAUUCAUUCUCAAAAUGGUUCUCAGAAUUCAUUGACCAGAAUGUGUACAUUGCAGAUUAAGAUAAAAUUCUGUUUGCAGAAUGUAAUCAGAGAUCAGUAAUUUUGAGAAAUUUUAAAAUCACAAAUUCUUUUGAGAGUUAUCAUUAUGAAAUUAUAUUGAAUUAUUCAAGCUUUUGUAAUGGAAUGCUCCUACACUUGCAUACAAUUCAUGUCAGGUUGGGUAAUAAAAUCAAAGAAGUAGAUGUGAUAAUAAGCAGAAAACUGGUCAUAGAAUUUAUAAUUCAGUUUUGAAUUUAUUAUUUUAGUUCAGUAUUUUCUUAUUAAAUGCUGCAAAACUAAGUCUGUACUCUGUAUUAUGGGAAUUAAAUAAAAUUUUCUAUAUGUUUUUCAUUAGAAGCUUUACUAGUUAAUCAACCAGCAGAAAUUUAAAAGAUGUCCAUGGAUUUUCAAAUAACAGUUCAGUUUGAUAAACAAUAUAAUUGAAAUAAAUUAAACUACCCAUAGGAGACAAUUUUAUUAGUUAAUUCUUAGCUGUAACACAUGGUUAUUUGGUGUAUUCAAUAUGAAAACAAAAUAAAUUAUCCUUACAAAAUUUGACUUUUAUGGUGCUCUUACUCUGCAUGUUUAUUAUUUUCAUGGAAAGUACUCACUAAAGUAUGCUUCUUUUACAAGCAUUUUUAUAGCUUGUUUUGGGUCCAUUUUGAUGUAGGCAGCAUAUGUGAAAUCAUGAAUAUGCAUAAAAGAACAAUCUCGGAUUCUUCUGAAUUCUGCAAUUUGCCAUGGUUUGUAGUGGUUGAGUUCUUUUUUCUCUUUCAUGAAGCAGCUUCGACAUAGAAAUUCUUUAUUAUUAUAGUGCCAAUAAUCACCUUCUGGAUGCUCUUGGCAAAGAAAGCAUUGAUCUACAUUGUACAGUCCACAUUUUAUAUCAACCGCUGGGUGCAGCUUUUUUCUCCCUCCAAAACUGUGAUCAAACUUGAUUCGUCGAUUUCUUUUUACCCUGACAUUGUAUGUUCCUGGUCCAGGAUAAGCAUAUCGUGGUGAAAUUGAUCGUUUAGUAGAGGCAUUGAAUGAACAUUUAUUUGGGUUCACAGAUUUUGGAAAUCUUGGCAAAGAGAGAUGUGCAGGGCCAGGAGAUAAUUCUGGCUCUGCCUUCCAACGCACUUCUGUUUGUCCAAGACCUCCAUAUCCCCAACCACCUCUCUAACAUUCAGGUAACUUUGGCCUGUAAGUUGUAGGAGUAACAGUUGAAAUAUAUUCAAGGGUGUAUGCAUUGGUGAAUUUAUCUGUGCCCUUGGGAGGAUAAACUUCUCUAGGAAGGCCACUUCCAAAAGCAACCUUGGGAGCUUCAAUAGCAUUCACCACGUACUGAAAUGCUCCAUACAGAUAUUUCCCCCCGUGCAUCUCUCUUCAACGCGUCCCAUUCAAAGAACCCGCUAUUUGUUUCUAAUAAUCAUCCCUAUAAUUCUGCGUUUAUCCAAAAGACGUGGGCACAUUUCCUCCACAGAUUUAUCGGUCUCCGCUCCCAGUACUCUCUCUAUCUCUCUCUCUCGUGCCUUAUAGAAU